UGAUGAGCACACAAACCAUGAAACCAUUAACCAAAAUCCUACAACAAAAAACGAUGCCUUUUCAAGGAACCCGGAUCCAACCCAAAACCCGCUUCACCUUCCUCUUCAACCCUCCUCCUCCUUGUUCUUCUUCUUCUUCUUUGCACUCACGUAAGCUCUUUCAUCGAACCCUUAUCAUGUCUUCGACUAUGACGCAGUCCAACAAAUCAAAAAGACCAAUUUGCCCCUCUUGCUCCAAACCCGCUCGAACCUGCCUUUGCUCUCGGAUCCGGGUCUCUGGAAUCGAGAAUUCCGUGAAAGUAACCAUCUUGCACCACGCAUUGGAGAGCAAGCACCCUCUUAAUUCCACUAGAAUCGCCAAGCUGGGACUCAAGAACCUCACUGUUGCAACUGUUUCAGACGUUAAUUUCGGUGCCCGGUUUGUGAUUCGGUUAAUUGACCCGAAUUAUUGCAAAUCGGGUUUUUCGGUUCGCAAUGUGAGAAGAAAUGGGUUGCUUUGUCGUCAGUUUGAAGAAGCUGGAGGGACCCGGAAGCUGUUUUGUGAGAAAGAUUGUAACUUGGUUGAUUCUAGUGGUGGAAAGUGUGGUUUGGAAAAUGGUGUUUGUGAUGAUGAUGAUGAUGAUGAUUGUGCAAGGGUGAAUGGUGAAGUUGGGGAAAUUUUGGUUCAUUCGGAUUCUGAUCCAAAUUGUGGUGUUUAUGGAGAAACCCAGAAGUUGUUUGCUGAGAAAGAUUUUAACUUGGUUGAUAGUGCUAGAAAAUUUGGGCUGCAAAAUUAUGGUGCAUUGGUGAAUGGUGAAGUUGAGAAAAGUUCCAAUAUUCCAAGUUUUGAUACUAAUUGUGCUGGAAGGCCUGCUAUUACUUUUAAUAUUGGCAAAUAUGGUAAAGUUAGUUCUCUAUCUCAUAUUUGGAUGUCAGAUUCUCAAUCCAGCUGGUUGUCAAGUUUUGACUAUGUUUUGGAUCAUGAUGAAGCUUGUGAAGCACUCUCAAAAGGGUUUUUGGUGAAGAAGUUUCAAAGCAGGAAAUUGGAUAAUAGGGGCAUUGAUUUGGAAGAAUUUGAGGAAUUUGAGAUUGAGGUUCCACCAGGAUCAGCAUUACUAUUUCCUUCUGAUAAGGCUGUUACUAUUGGUGAGCUUGAUGCUAUUGGUUUUGAGGUGAAGAACUUGAUUGUUUUGGAUGGAACAUGGUCUAAGGCAAAGAGAGUGUAUAGUGAAAACCCUUGGUUGAAUAUCUUGCCUCAUUUGAAGCUAGAAGUGAAUGAGAUGAGCUUGUAUAGUGAUGUAAGGCACCAACCUAAAGCUGGUUAUUUGUCCACCAUUGAGAGCAUUGUGCAUGCAUUGAAGGCAUUUGGGGAGGAGAAUCAUGAGGAUUUGGAUAGACUCUUGGACACUUUUGAGGCUAUGGUUGGAGACCAAAGGCGUUGUAAAGACGAGAGAUUGAGCAAAACUCUUCCCUAGUUGAUGAGGCCUUUUCUUCAUUUGACAGAACAAGAAACUGUUUAACCCAAAAUAGAAACUAUCUUCAAUGAAUUAAGAAUCAUUAAACCUAUGAGUUUUUAGCUCUUGUAUCCCAAGUAGUGAUAGAACUAUUCAUUUUUGUGUGACUUCUACUUUUUGUGACUCAAAUUACUAACAGAGUUACACAAACAUUUCACCUGUAUUUUUUAGCUGCAAGAAACAUGGAAAUUCUACUAGAUUAUA